CCCAAAUUUCAACCCAAUUUCAUUUUAUUCCUCUCAAAUGAUCCCUAAUCCUACACAAAAGGAAAGCAGGCGGCGCACCAUCUUCCAUCUCCGUCGACAAUUCCUCCAGCCGGCCGUCAACUCACGCCGGCACCCUCUUUUCUCUUUCUCUCUCUCUCUCGCUGUAAGUCUGCAACCCCUCCCCUCUGCCCUCGUCACCGCCGGCGACCAUCACCUCUGUCGCUAGUCUGCGCGCUGCAAACACCCUCCUUCCUCUACAAAAAAGAAAAAAACUCAUCUUCAUGCCUAACCUCCCAACAUCAAAAUUCCUGAAAUAAAAGGACUGUUACCGGCAUCUCUGUCGUCCCGGAAUCCAAGCAGAACCAUACCUGCUAUACUGCAAGUCUGCAAUCACAAAAUCAGAAUAUCAAGACUCUACCUUUUUUCUCCUAAACCCUGCGAAAAAAUGUUUGUACGGUUUCAGUACUCCGACGCGAGCUGCCUGCGCAUAUUCAGUUCCACAAAAACCACUUCGCCAAACGUCGGCAUCUCCGUCGCUCCACCCUCCCACAAACCCAGCGACGCAGUAAAAGAGAGGCAAAAGCUUCAGUGCCCUGGCGGCGUUCGGUUGUUCAAGAAAAAUGGAUUUUUCAAAGGCCCUCGUGAAAGAAUCGAGAGAAAAGGAGGUGUCUUUAAUGGCAGAAAUGGGAUUCCUCAGAAAGAAGAAGAGAUUUCCCACAAUUCAAAUAGGGUCAAUGGUGUGGCGGAGGAAUUGCCUGGUCGUAAUAGGGUUUUUAGGAAAGAAAAGCUGAAUUGCAGUAAAAACGGUGAAGGGAUUAGGCGGGAAAAUGUGGUUGAGGGGAUGCAGACCAUGUGUUCGACGAAAUGGGGAAGGUACGGCGGCAGUAUUCCCGCAAUGUUGGAUGCUUUGGAGAGGAUAAGCGACUUGGACGAAGCGUUGAAAGCGUGGGAGGCGACGCUUACAAACAAGGAGAGGAGCAUAUUGCUGAAGGAGCAGUCAGGGUGGGAGAGGGCGAUGGAGAUUUUCGAGUGGUUCAAAAGGAAAGGCUGCUACGAAGUGAAUGUCAUCCACUACAACAUAAUGCUUCGCCUUCUAGGAAAGGCGCGACAGUGGAGCGAGGUUGAGUGGCUGUGGGAUGAGAUGGCGAAGAGCGGGGUUGAUCCCAUCAACUCCACCUAUGGGACUCUCAUUGAUGUGUACUGCAAAGGAGGGCGUAGGGACGUCGCAAUGAGGUGGUUGGAGCUCAUGAAAAAGCGUAGAAUGGAGCCGGAUGAGGUGACCGCGGGGAUUGUGGUGCAGAUGUAUAAGAAAGCAGGGGAUUUCGCGGCUGCUGAGGAUUUCUUCAAGAAGUGGUCACGGGGAAACUCUUCGAUUGAGGGGCGUAGAUGGAAGAGUAAAACAGAUGCCAAUGUUGGUUCUUACACGUACAAUACGUUGAUUGAUACGUAUGGGAAAGCCGGGAAACUAAAGGAAGCAAGUAAGAUGUUCGAGGAGAUGGUGCAGAAAGGUUUAUCUCCUAACACAGUGACUUUUAACACUAUGAUUCACAUGUAUGGUAACAAUGGGCAGCUUGAUGAGGUUGCUUCCCUGAUGGGUAGAAUGGAGAGUGCUAAAUGUUGCCCCGAUACACGAACCUAUAAUAUUCUCAUAUCACUUCAUACUAAGCACAAUGACAUAGAAUCUGCAGCAAGAUACUGGAAGAAGAUGAAGGCAGCAUCUCUUGACCCCGAUCCUGUCAGCUAUCGUACUCUCUUGUAUGCCUACGCGAUUAGGCAUAUGGUUAACGAGGCAGAGGCGCUGGUCUUAGAGAUGGAUGAGAGAGGAUUGGAGAUUGAUGAGUUUACUCAGUCAUCCUUGACAAGAAUGUAUAUAGAAGCAGGCUUGCUUGACGAGUCGUGGUUGUGGUUUCAGAGGUUUCACCGUGGAGGAGGGAUGACUUCCGAGUGCUAUUCUGCAAACAUUGAUGCUUAUGGCCAGAGAGGGUAUGUUUCACUAGCUGAGAAAGUGUUUGACUGCUGUGUGCAAGUUCAGAAACUGACUGUUCUCGAGUUUAAUGUUAUGAUCAAAGCAUAUGGUAUCGGGGGGAAACUCGAGCAGGCUUGCUCCUUGUUUGAUAGCAUGGGGAAACAUGGGUUGGUUGCUGAUUUAUGUGGAUAUAAUUCUCUUGUGCAAAUGCUUGCUAGCGCGGAUAUGCCAGAAAUUGCGAUAGUCUAUCUUAGGAGAAUGCAGGAGGCAGGGCUUGUGAUUGAUUGUGUCCCGUAUUGUGCAGUCAUCUCUUGCUAUGCAAAGUUAGGCCGUGUAGACAUGGCAGUUGAGUUGUACGAGGAGAUGAUUUCUCAUGACGUGAAGCCUGAUAUAAUCGUUUAUGGAGUCCUUAUAAAUGCAUUUGCAGACACUGGGAGUGUGGAUGAGGCGACAUACUAUGUCCGUACCAUGGAAAACCAAGGUUUGUCUAUGAAUCCGGUCAUAUGCAAGUCAUUAAUCAAGCUGUACACGAAGGUGGGAUACUUGAGAGAAGCGGAGGAGAUGUGCAGGACCCUUCAGUCGCUGGAGGCGGGUGGGCUUGAUGUCUACUCCUUGAAAUGCAUGAUUGACCUCUACAGUGAGCAUUCGAUGGUGGUAGAGGCGGAGAAGAUAUUCAAGAGGUUGGAGCAAAUUGGAGAGGCGAAUGAGUUCACACAUGCUAUGAUGUUGUCCAUGUAUAAAAGGAACGGGAGAUUCGUGGAAGCUUUUUGGAUUGCAAGAAAGAUGAGAGAAUUAGGUCUCAUGACAGAGCUGCUUACUUAUAAUCUUGUGCUUGGAUUCUAUGCUUCUGAUGGAAGGUACAAGGAGGCUGUAGCUACCUUCUGUGAGAUGCUAGAGUCUCGUGUCAUGCCCGAUGACUCCACGUUCAAGUCGCUCGGGAUCAUUCUCUUGAAAUGUGGAGUUCCAAAGAGCGCUCUGGAAAAGCUCGAGCAGACGAGGAAGAGGGAUGCUCUGGAUGGUAUGCAGACUUGGGCUGCGACUCUUUCCUCCGUCGUUAACAUGGAUGAUGAUGAUUUUAGCGAUGAAGAAGUUUAAUUUGUGCUUGCUAGAGUAAACAAUCGUAGCACAUAUAUCCAGGUACAUAUCCAUUUUCAAGGAGUAAACAAUUGCUAGAGUAAAAUGCAGGCACAUUGUCAAGGAGAUACAGGAUGUCACUAGAGAGAUUGGCGAUUCCUUGGCCGCUCUCUCCCUCGCCAACGUUGAAGUCCUGUCUGGGAUCUCCGUGGCUAUAAAAAACAUUGAGAUCACACAAGGCGACGGAGGUGCUGGGAGCAUCAAGCAGAUCAACUUCGCUGAAGGUAGCCCUCUCAAGUGUGUGAAAUACCGUGUGGACGAACUGGACGAGAAGACACUGACUUAUUGC